AUGGUACAGACGCAAUUCUGUAAGAAGGUCAAGUUCGUGCGACACGACGGAGCUCGCGAGUUUGCAACCAACUCGCUUCAACUGUUCUACGAAGACGAAGGCAUUGAACAGCAGACAACGGUGCCGUAUGCACAUCAAACAAACGGAACAGCAGAGCGUGCCAUUAGGACUAUUGUCACGAUCGGCCGCAGCAUGCUUCAUCAUGCCAAACUGGACAAGUGUUUCUGGGCCGAAGCAGCGAUGACGGCCAUCUACGUCAAGAAUCGACUGCCGUCACCUAAAGUCGUGCACAAGACCCCGUUUGAGAUCGUCUACAACUUGAAACCAAGCGUCAAGCACAUGCGAACAUUCGGGUGUCAGACAUACAUACUGACGCCUAAAGAGAAUCGACUCAAGUGGGAUCCAAAGGCUCGCGCUGGCAUAUUCGUGGGCUACGAAGAAGUUUCGAAGGCAUAUCGUGUUUAUGACAUCGAGGCGGGGCAGGUGGUUAUCAGCCGCGAUGUCAACUUCGACGAGUCCACCUUUGGACUUCAAGUGCCGAUCACUGAUGAAGAUAUCGAUGACCUGGACUUCGAAUUGCUGGAUCUUGAUGACGAAGAGCUGCGUCAAAUGGAGUACAAGCAAACAGGCAAGCGCAAGAACCGACUCAAUGAUGAAGAUACAGCAGCUCCACGACCGCGUGCAGUGCGUCAACGACCAGGACUAGAAGAGUCAAGCGCGCCGGAAAACAACUCGUCACGACAAGAAGAAGACGAAGAAACGAAGGAUUCUGGUGAUUCAACACCGCCUGUGUUUUGGCGUGCGAGUGCAAAUGCCGUUGAAGCAGCAGUGGACUUAUCAGAACCCUCAACAUUUGAAGCAGCAGUAAGCGGCCCUGACCAAGUGCACUGGAGAAAAGCAAUUCAUGCAGAGCUCGAGUCAAUGCGACUUCGCGGUGUGUUUCGUGCAGCCAAGCUGCCCAACGGACAACGCGCCAUUGGCACAAAAUGGGUGUUCAAGAUCAAGCGCAAGGCGGAUGGGUCCAUCGAGAAGUACAAGGCACGUCUCGCGGCAAAGGGCUUUCGCUCAAAGUAUGGAAUCGACUACACGGAGACGUUUUCGCCCGUGGUCAAGCAUGUGACGCUGCGAAUGGUGAUCGCAAUUUCCAAGCAUUUUGGAUGGCCCAUCGACCAGCUUGAUGUGGUGACAGCUUUCCUGUAUGGCGUCAUGAAGGAACAAGUGUUCUGCGUGAUUCCUGAAGGCGUCGAACUUGACAGUACGUUCGACUGCCUGGAAUUGGUGAAGGCAAUUUACGGCCUGAAGCAAGCGUCGCGAGUGUGGAACGAGACGUUCGACGAGUAUGUGUGCUCCAUUGGAUUUCAGGUAUCAGGCUUCGACCCAUGUCUCUACAUCAAGACUUCGGACGGCCAUUGCGUGUUUAUACUGGUCUACGUGGACGACGUCUUGGUGACUGGAAGCUCGCUCGAGCUGAUUGCACAAACCAAGAACGACCUGAAGACGCGGUUCGAAAUGACGGACAGCGGCAAGUGUGCGUUUGUUCUUGGGAUCGAGCUUUUGGACGGUGAAGAUGGCAGUGUGACACUAUGUCAGCGUCGGUAUGUCGAUGAUAUCCUCAAGCGCUUUGGCAUGGAUGAUUGCAAGGCAGUCGCAAGUCCAGUCGACAUGAGCUCUCGACUUGCUUCAAGUGAUGCAACUACCAAGGUCGAUGCUCCUUUUCGCGAAGCUGUUGGUGCGUUGAUGCACCUGACCACUGCAACGCGUCCGGACAUUGCGUUUGCUGUGGGCUAUGUGUCGCGGUUCAUGGAAAAUCCCCAAGAAGAACACUGGGUUGCAGUUAAGCGUAUCUUUCGCUACCUACAAGGCACCAAGACGCAUGGAAUUUGCUACAAGCCAAGUGCAAGGAUCGACUUCCGUGGAUAUUCGGAUGCGGAUUGGGCUGGUGAUCUUACCGACCGCAAGUCAACAUCGGGGUACACGUUCAUGCUACUCGGUGCGCCAGUCAGUUGGGGCAGCAAGAAGCAGCCAAGUGUUUCGUUGUCCACGAGUGAAGCCGAAUACAUCGCACUCAGCUUGGCGAUUCAAGAGGGCAAGUGGAUUCAUCGUCUGCUUUGUGAGAUCGUGAUGGCUGCCAAUGAAGAAGGACCGGAACUCAUGAUCCAUGAAGACAAUCAGUCGUGUAUCAAGAUGACGAAGAACCCAGUCAACCACGGCCGUGCCAAGCACAUUGAUAUCAAGUACCAUCACAUCCGUGAUGAGGUCAAGCGCGGUGAAGUGAAGCUCAAGUACUGUGAAACUGCGGUGACGUUAGCGGACAUCAUGACGAAGGGACUUCACGGGCCACGCCACAAGGAGAUGACGGCGACUCUCGGGAUUCGUGAGCAUUCGGAUUGA